GACUUCGCUCAGAGCUCCAGCGCAGCUCAGUUGGGUUCGGUGUGGGCGCGGCUGCGGCUACGUAGGCGGACUGCUUGCCUAGCAACUCCAAACUCCAACUCCACGUCCACUCCACCAGAGCUCGUCCAUCGUCUUCUUUCAGCCUGCCCGCCUCUCAUCCGCAAACCACUACAACUCCGACCCCCGCUCAAUCCGCAAUCCCACGGCCUCCCCCACGACGAGUCGUCCUUGUCGCCCUCUCGCACCCUCUUCUCCCCGCCCAAGCGCGCCCAUCCUUCACACUCCAACACCGCCAACAUGUUUAUGGCAAGAUCGGAAUACGACCGGGGGAUCAACACCUUCUCCCCCGAAGGCCGUCUCUUCCAGGUCGAAUACUCCCUCGAGGCCAUCAAGCUCGGCUCUACCGCCAUCGGCGUCGCCACCUCAGAGGGCGUCAUCCUCGGUGUCGAGAAGCGGGUCACCUCGACCCUCCUUGAGACGUCCUCUGUCGAGAAGAUUGUCGAGAUCGACCGCCACAUCGGCUGCGCCAUGUCAGGCCUCCAGGCCGACGCCCGCUCCAUGGUCGAGCACGCCCGUGUCGAAUGCCAGAGCCACGCCUUCAACUACAACGAGAACCUCCGCGUCGAGAGCUGCACCCAGGCCAUCUGCGAUCUUGCCCUGCGCUUCGGCGAGGGUGCUGACGGCGAGGAGACCAUCAUGAGCCGUCCCUUCGGUGUCGCCCUGCUCAUUGCUGGUUUCGACGAGGACGGCCCCCAGCUCUUCCACGCCGAGCCUAGCGGUACCUUUUACCGCUACGAUGCCAAGGCCAUCGGCUCUGGCUCUGAGGGUGCCCAGGCCGAGCUUCAGAACGAGUACCACAAGUCCUUGACUCUCAUCGACGCAGAGACCCUAGUCCUCAAGACGUUGAAGCAGGUUAUGGAGGAAAAGCUAGACUCGAAGAACGUACAGCUGGCGAGCGUGACCAAGGAGAAGGGUUUCAGAAUAUACACAGAUGAGGAGAUGGCCACGGUUGUGGAGCGGCUGCCGGCGAACUGAGCGGAGAAAGGGCUACCAAGAACAAAUAGAGAAACGUCUUUUGAGCUUUGAGAUCAGGGACCGACUACUUGCAAGGGAGACGUACACACAAGGCGUUAUACCCAAGAGGGUUCG